AACUUACUUUGGAAUCAAAAGCAUUUAAAGUGUUUGAAUAAGGAAGUCCAUCUGAAGGCCUGCUUACUGAUAUAAACACCCAAAUUUGAUUUACAUCACAGAUUAUCGGCGAAACGCAGGAACUUAUAGACGAAAUUAUUUCAGUUACAUCUGGCAAGCCAAGGUGGUAAAUGGAUUACGCAGUGUUCUUCUUUAUUCUUACUGCAGCUCGUGUAUACGGCGGCCCAGAUGAAGACUUUAUUGCAUUUGCUGAUGGCUACUGGCACUGGCGACUGGAGGAUGUCCCGGAACUUGCCACCAGCAUUGACGUGCAUGAGUUCGAUGGCAGAGUUGAGCAGUUCACUAUUAAUAUCCUAGAGACACGAAAGGACAAUGUGACGAACUUCUUAACUCAACUUGGUAAAAUUGAUAGAAGCGGUCUAAGUGACGCCAGAAAGAUCAGCUAUGACGUUCUGAAGGACACUUUAGAGACCUACCUCGCUGGAUAUAAAUGGAAAAAUUAUGGUCCAAUGAACCCUGUCAACUUUCUGGAGGGAUUGUGGACAGACCCCGGGGCAGCAGCACCUACCAACCCAAAAACUUAUGAGGAUUUCUACAACUACAUCAAAAGAAUAUAUGGUUGGGGUGAUCAGGCUUUGAAUUAUAUGAAAAGGAUGCGUGUUGCAAUCAAAGAGGGAACGACAAACCACUGGGUAUCUGUGAAAGGUGCUCUGGACCAAAUAGAUCAACUCGUAGGUUCGACUCCUACGGACUGUCCGAUGUAUAAACCUUUAAAUGAAACCCUGGAUAACACAACUCUUCCGGAGAGUAAUAAGACAGCAUUACGGAACUUGGCUGUUAUGACGAUUACACCUUUCCGUGAAAGUUUUAAGACAUUGAAAAGAUUCAUCUUAGAGGAAUAUAAGAACGAGACAAGAGAAAGAUACGGCGUAAAUUCUCUGCCGAAUGGAGAGGAAUAUUACAAAGCCUGUCUUAAAUGGCAUCUGUCCAUAGAUAUCACACCGGAGGAAAUACACCAGAAAGGCCUCGAGGAAGUGGAUAGGAUUCACGGCGAAAUGAAAAAUGUGAUGACUCGUUUGCACUUUACUGGAAGCAUCAAAGAAUUUUUCGAGAAACUGAACAAUGAUUCUAGAUUUAUCAUUGAUUCACCGGAAGAGACUCUCGAACGUUUUACAUCACUAAUCAACGAUCGCAUAAAACCUAAGCUUCCGUUACUCUUCAAGAAUAUUCCCGAUAGUCCGGUAGUUGUCAAAGAAAUGCCGUAUGAUGGUCCCGGAGGGACGUAUUCAUUUGGUUCACCUGUUGGUUCCAGGCCUGGCGUAUUUUAUGCUAAUGUCAAGCGACCAGAGGAUAAUCCUACUUACAACAUGGUAGCACUCACACUGCACGAAGCUGACCCAGGCCAUCAUUUACAGGACAUUUAUGCCCAGCAUUCUUCAGGGACACCUACAUUCCAGAAAGUGAUAGACUACACCAAAUAUUUUUCUAUACCUUACCAUUUUCCUUAUUACACAUCCUAUACAGAGGGAUGGGGAUUAUACUCAGAGUCUCUGGGAGAACAAGAUCAGUUAGAUAUUUACCAAGACGAUUAUGAAAUGAUGGGAAGAUACAGUUUUGAAAUUUUUCGGGCAUGCCGUCUUGUAGUUGAUACCGGGUUACAUCAUUACAACUGGAGCAGGGACCACGCCAUUGAGUACAUGUUGAAUUAUACAUCAUUUUCUCGACCAUCUAUCGAGAUAGAGAUAGAUCGUUAUAUAACCUGGCCAGGACAAGCCACCGCCUAUAAAAUUGGAGAACUAAAAAUCAAAGAACUCAGACAAAAGGCGAAAGAUGCUCUAGGAACAUUGUUUGACAUCAAAGAUUUUCAUUCUGUGGUACUAGACAAUGGGGCUGUUCCAUUGUCUGUUCUAGAACGUCUUAUUGAUGAAUGGAUACAGCGAGUAAAAUCUGCAGACAUGCUGGAAAAGAUAAUGAGUGAAUUCUGGAAAUGGCGGAUGGAAAAUUCACCAGAAUAUUCUACAACAUUGCAAAUGUAUAAGUAUAAUGACCGGCUUAACUCCUACAAAUAUGAGAAAUUUGAGACAGACAGGGCAGGCGCGCAGGGAUUCCUUGACCGUCUGUUGGGAAUAGAUAGAACAACCUUGUCUAGCGAGAAAAAGGUGUCAUAUGAUAUUUUGAAAAACAUACUUGAAGUUUUCCUAGCCGGAUACAAAUGGAAAGACUAUGAACCAUUAAAUCCAUUUAAUUUCUUAGAAGGUUGGUCUGUCGGCUUUGAUUUAUUUCUGUCUGGAACACCGUUUGAUACUCAGGGAGAUUUUGUAGAUUAUGCUCGAAGAUUGGAACUGGCACCGAACCAGCUGGACGAGAUGAUGAAUUUGACAAAACUUGCAAUCACUAAUGGUCACACCAACAACAACGCUUCAAUUUCUAGAGUUCCUGGACAACUUGACAGCUUAAUUACCAACGAUCCCAUAGAGUCGGAGCUGUAUAAACCUGUUAAUGAAUCUUUAAUGCGUGUUUUUCCUGAUACAAAAUACAGAUCUAGUGUGGAGGAAAGAAUAAAAGAUGCUAUAAAAGCUUUUAUGGGUAAACUGACAAAGGUGAAAACAUUUAUCCAAAAUGAAUACAUGCCGUACACGAGACCAGGUCUUGGUGUAGGAUCUCUACCAAAUGGUACUGACAACUACAAAGCAUGUCUGUUGUUUCACACAUCAAUCGAUAUAAGUCCAGAAGAGGUUCAUCAGAAAGGACUUGAUGAGGUUGCUAGGAUUGAGAAACUAGUGAGACAGCGAAUGAAUAAUGUUGGAUUUCCAAUUACAACAACGAUACCACAGAUGUACCAAAACCUGACAAAUGACAAACGAUUCCUGCUUAAAACUCCUGAAGAAACAUUAGCAAGAUUCAAAAGCAUUAUAUAUGACAGGAUUCAGCCUAAGAUUUCUACUUAUAUAAGUCAUCCACCGAAUUUACCGCUCGAGGUAAGAGGGUCGGCAUCGGACGGUGUAGGUGGCGAAUACUGGACAGGAACAGCGGAUGGGUCCAGACCGGGGAUUUUCUAUGCAAACAUCCACAGACCAGAGUAUAAUCCCACGUAUAAAAUGGUUUCGCUCAGCCUUCAUGAAGCUAUACCCGGUCAUCAUCUUGCCGAAAGUUACGGUAUACUGGCUGACAUUCCAGAAUUUAGAAAACAUUUCGAAUGGAUUAGUUACAACGUUCCUUACUUCUUUCCAUUCUACAAUGCUUUCGCCGAGGGUUGGGCAUUAUAUGCAGAAUUUCUUGGAGAGGAAAUGGGAAUUUAUCAGGACGACUACGAAAUGCUCGGCCGAUAUAGUGACGAAAUGUUACGAGCAACACGACUUGUUAUUGAUUCUGGAAUCCACUACAAAAACUGGACAAGAGACCAGGCAAUCAAAUACAUGCUAAACUAUACUGCAGAGACGCCAGAAUCAGCGGCCAUAGAGAUCGAUCGGUAUGCCACGUGGCCCGGCCAAGCGUGUGGCUACAAAAUAGGCGAGCUGAAAAUAAAAGAAUUAAGACAGAAAGCAUCAACUGCAUUGGGAAAUGAGUUCAAUCUUGCAGAAUUCCAUUACACAAUACUUAGGCAUGGUGCCAUGCCUCUAGAUGUGUUGGAAGCAACUGUAGAUGAAUGGAUCAAUUCCUUAAAACAGUCUUCAGAUUCGGGUCCUGUUGCGUCACCGGAUAAGUCUACGAAUUCGGCCAGGACCAUUGCUGUAAACUUCAUUUUGGUGCUGCUCGGUAUUUGUUUACAUAGUCGGUUUUGGCUGUGAAUGUUUUUGGAAUUUAUCAAUUUGUAUAUAUUCAAAAGACAAAUGAUUUUAUUUGUGAAACAUGUUGAAGAAGAAUUUUGCAGGCUCAACCUCUCUUUCAUCCAUUUCAAACAAAAGUAAUGAAACACUUCUAAGUA